AUGACUCAAGUUUCAGCCUUAGAAGAAUAUUUGAUAGGAUCUGAUCAAGGACUAAUAAACAGUGAUAAUCUAUUACCUACAACCGGUUUACGAAGAAUUAGAGAUAAACGAUCUAUGUCAUGUGACUAUGAUAAUCGUGGAGAAGCAUCAAAAAUCAUGAAUCACAUAGAUCUUGCCAGAUUCUCAACAGAGUCGUUACACAGCUAUAGUUUUGUGAGAAAUGAUGUAUCAUCAUUUAAGAGUAGACAAAAUUUUAUUAAUCGUUCAAUCGAUUUUAUGAAAAAUAAGAUAAAAGGAUGGAAAAUUCCAAUCCAUCAUCAUCGCACCAAAAAUAAUAUUACUACUCAAGAAGAAUAUCAACAAUCACCAUCAUCAUCUAAUCAAGCCAUAAUUACAACAGACGAUCAAGCAAACAUACUGAACGCUAACGAUCUUACGUGUUUGCUAUUUGGUUACUCCAGAGUUGAAUUGUUAAACGUUAAAGUUUUAAGUAUGAUUGGAAGCCCUUUUCGUGAAAAAAUAGCAAAAACACUUGUAUCGAGGCUUCAAAACGAUGAAGAUAACUGUGAAGCAGUAUUGGCAUGUGGUAAAGUGAUACCAAUACAAAGAAAAAGUGAAGAAGCCUCAUUAGCCUCAUUAUGGCUUAAAAUGAAAAAAGACGAAUGUGGUAACUUUGUGUUAAUUUGGAUUUUCGAAGAAAUAUCUGAAUUAACUAUGACUGCUGAAAUCGAUGAAAAGAAAAUAAAUAAAACAAAAUUUUAUGGUAGUAAAUCUAAAAAUCUAAUUAAUUUCCCUAUAAUAGGGGAAAUAUCACCAUCAUCCAUCAAAAAAGAAGAAAGGCAAGAAUUAGAAAUACAAAAAAAAUUUUCUAAUAUAAUAUAUGAAUUUAAAAUUGUUUCUAUUCCUACUAUUGCUGGUGUGAUAACUGCAUACGCUACUGGUGUUAUACAAUCGUGUAAUUCAGAUUUUGUAAAGUGUUUAUUUGGUGUUAGUGCUGAUGAAUUAAUUGGAAAAAAAAAUAUUGGUAAAUUGUUACCACAAUUUCCCGGUCUUGUCAAAAUCUUGGAAUCGGAAAGCGCACUAGUUGAAGGAAUCGUUAUUUCAGAAAAUAUUUUCCCUGAUAAUAGCAAUAAUAAUAAUGUUGGCGGUGGUAAAAACUUUUUAUCUAUUAAUAAUAAUGCUUUAACAUCGUCACAAGGGCCUUCUGGUAUAAUUGCUGUACAUAGAGAUGGAACAGAAUUUGAUGUUGAUAUUCAAAUGCGUAUUCUAGAGUCACCAGAUCAACCAUUACAUGCUCUAUGGAUCACUUAUGAUCGUAAUCCACCAUCAACUAAUUCUACUGCUGCUGCUGCCGAACCAUUUGAUCCUAAUAAUUAUUCAGCACUAACGCUUAAAAAAACAAUUGACGAUUUUGUAAUAACUGGGGUUUUGGGUAAAGGAGCUUAUGGUGAAGUCAAAUUAGCGUAUUAUAAAAAUGAUCCUGAAAUGAAAAAAGUUGUUCUUAAAUAUGUUUUUAAAUCUUGUAUAAUUGUUGAUUGUUGGAUACGUGAUAAAAUAUUGGGAACAGUUCCGUUAGAAAUACAUUUACUUCACACAUUAAAACUUAUUCCUCACCCUAACAUUGUACAAAUGGUUGACUUUUUUGAAGACGAUGAUAAUUAUUACAUUGAGAUGGGACUACAUGGAGUAGGAAUGGAUUUGUUUGGGUACAUAGAAUUGAAUCCUCAAAUGCCUGAAUCAGAAAUAAAGUUAAUAUUUCUUCAAGUGGCAAAAGCAAUUCAACAUUUACAUCACAAUAAAAUUGUACAUCGUGAUAUUAAAGAUGAGAAUAUAAUACUUGACGAACAUAAUAACGUACAAAUAAUCGAUUUUGGAUCUGGUGCUUAUGUAAAAGAAGAUACAAAAUUUGACACUUUUUGUGGAACUAUUGAUUAUAUAUCUCCUGAGGUAUUUUCAGGUAAAAAAUAUGAUGGGCCACCACAAGAUAUUUGGGCUUUAGGGGUAUUAUUGUACACUCUGAUCUACAAAGAAAAUCCAUUCUACAACAUUGAUGAAGUGAUGGCAAGAGAUUUAAGGAUUCCGUUUAUACUAUCCGAAGGUUCAAUUGACCUUGUUAAGAAAAUGCUUGAAUAUGAUGUUGACAAACGGUUAAAAAUUGAUGAAGUUUUAAGUCAUCCUUGGUUAUGUGAAAAUUAA